UGUGGAUGAAGAAAAUUUGAUUCAUAACCUUCCUAUAAAGACAUCAGAAGAGACAUAAAGCGACAUCUUUGUUUGGCUUUGCUGAUGAGAGUGCCAAUGUUUGAGAAAAUGGAUGAACAACCUUUGGAUGCGAUGUGUGACCGUCUGAAGCCAGUACUUUACACGGAGCACAGCUACAUUGUUCGGGAAGGUGACCCUGUCGAUGAGAUGCUGUUAAUAACGCGGGGGAAGCUAUUCUCCGUAACCACGAAUGGAGAAAGGACCGGUUUCUUCAACUCAGAUUAUCUAAAAGCCGGGGACUUUUGUGGAGAAGAGCUCCUCACAUGGGCUCUGGACCCCAAUUCAUCAUCUAACCUCCCAAUUUCAACCAGAACAGUGGAAGCUCUUGCAGAAGUGGAAGCAUUCGCUUUAAUGGCGGACGAUCUGAAGUUAGUGGCGUCUCAGUUCAGGUUGCUCCACAGCAAGCAGCUGCGGCACACGUUCAGGUUUUACUCUCAGCAGUGGCGGACAUGGGCGGCCUGCUUCUUACAGGCGGCGUGGCAGCGCUACAGAAGGAAAAAGCUGGAAAAGUCGCUAAGGGAGGAAGAGAAUCGGCUGCAAGAUGCAUUGGCAAAGGGUAGCAGCAGCAGCAAUUCGCUGAGCUUGGGGGCUACCAUCUAUGCGUCGCGAUUCGCUGCCAAUGCUCCUCGCUUAUUGCGCCGCAAUGGGACCAAGAAAGCUGCGAGGAUGCCUGAGAGAAUAUCGCCAAUUGAUAAGCCUCCAAGAUACCCAUAAUUUGAGUACAUAUUAGGGUGUUUUGUCACGUUUUUGGCAUCCUUACAUGAUAAAUUGUGAUCAAAUAUGCUUUAAAUUCACUAACCAACACGCAAAGCUACCUUUAGCUUAAAUGAGGUGAUACAGGAGUCCCGGGAGCCAAUAGGAAUGAAAACCGAGCUUAAGGAACGAACCAGGCAAGACCGGAGCCCCGAAGGACCCAAGAAGAUCUCCACACGCGUGUGAGUGUGCGUGGCCACAAUCCAGUAGCCUCCCACGCACGUCCACACGCGUGUGGAGCGGCGUGGAGUCUGUAAUGCGCGAAAUUUCCCUAGGA